AUGGUCAACCAACGAGGAAUUGAGGCCAACCCCAAAAAUAUUGAGGCUCUACGCAAAAUGAGGUCUCUCCAAAAGUUAAAGGAGACUGAGGAAUGUGAAGAGGCCCUCCAAUGCCUGAAAAUGCACCUGGGACAGGGCCCCCUCCUUUCCAAACCGAAGCCCGGUGAUAUCCUACAACUAUAUUUGGCUGUCUCCAAUGAGGCUAUCAGCUUGGUUCUGAUACGGGAAGAAGGGUCUACCCAACUCCCCGUAUACUACACAAGUAAAGUGCUCCUAUCGUCGAAAACCCGUUACCUUGAUAUGGAGAAGCUCGCUUUGGCUUUGAUAACGGCCUCUAGGAAAUUGAGACCCUACUUCCAAGCUCACACCAUCCAUAUACUGACAAACUUUCCCCUGAGGGCAGCCAUAAAAGGGCAAGCCUUGGCUGACUUUGUGGCUGAAUUCGCCAACCUCCCCAAGGUGGAUGAAAUCAUGGAACCCGUCGAGCCCCCUACGUGGAAUCUCUUCAUCGAUUGGUCAGCUGGAGAAGUCGACUCAGGUGCUGGGGUUGUCCUCAUCAGCCCCGAAGGUCACAAACUCAUCUCAGCAGUGAGGUUCGAAUUCAAAGCUACCAAUAACGCAGCAGAAUAUGAGGCACUUCUUACGGGCCUCAGCCAAGUCAAUGGUAACUUCUCAGCUAAAGAUAAAAUGAUGGCCUCCUAUCUGAAAAUGGUGAUGAACUUCAUCCCAUCUUUCAAAAAGUUUGAGCUGAUCCAGAUCCCCUGCAUCGAAAAUGAGCAUGCGGAUGCACUCUCGAAGCUGGCUAGUAGCAAGGAUUCAGAGCUACUCAUAGUAGUAGCUAUUGAGCACCUCCUCCUGCCUUCGAUCGAGGCCCCUACAAUAAUGUGGAUCGCUGGAACUCCCACUUGGAUGCAGCCAAUCAUAGCAUACCUCAAAGACCAAGUACUGCCAACUAACAAGAAUGAGACUUACAAGCUAAGAAGGAGGUCAGCCCACUUCCUUUUCAUUGAUGAUAUUCUCUACAAGAGGAGUUUCUCCUCCCCACUCCUACGGUGCGUCGAAGAAGAAGAGGCUACCUACAUAUUGAGAGAAGUCUACGUAGGCAUUUGCGGUAACCACUCCGGAGGUCUAUCUGGCACAAAAAAUAUUGAGGCAGGGAUACUACUGGCCUACCCUAAAGCGGGACGUCCUCGAGUUUGUACGAAAAUGCGAUAA